GAUCUUUUUUUUUGGUGGGUCUCGGUAAAUAAAUAGUGCCAAACUAAUAACAGCAUCUCGUACCCGUAACAUUACCGAGUGGUUUAGACAUUACUGUGUGGAUACUUUUAUUUACUGACUACAAUCUUCAACCCACUACUGUAUUAUAUUAUAUCUGUAGUGUCAUAGUACCUUAUUGAAAAAGAAUAGGUUAUAUAUUACUGGCUAAUUAGCCCACAGGGACCCUUUAGCGAAUAUACUGAGAAGUGAUCUACUACUUUCCUCUCCUAUUAAAGACUAUGAAUAAUUGCCUAUAAACUGUAUCAAUCACUAUCCACACCCUGUCAUGAAUUCAUUGAAAAUAUUGGUCAAUUCUUUGGAAUCCAUAUACCAUCCGUCCAAGUCUUCAUCGUACGACUUACCACCGUCUAGUCCACUAGAAGUAGAGGAUAUCAUAGACAAUGAUCAGAAACUUCCACAACAAGUACAACAAGCAACAAUAGUAUCACAACCACUGAAACUACCACAGAAACAAACAGUAUCACCUCCAUCAUCCAACACUACUUCAGAAGAUGAAGAGAUAGAACACGACGAUUUGGAAAUAGACUUGUCUAAACAAAAGACUACUCCACUAAAACACAGGAGAUCUUUGGUAAAGACUUUGUUCUCCAUUGCAUUCCAAGUAGUAUUCUUUCUUCCCAAUUAUCUUCUUAUAAAGCCCUUGUUAUUAAUCUGGUUCAUCAUUACUUUCCCCUUUGUAUACACAGGCCAAAUAUUGGGACUUUUGAAUGAUGAUGACGAUGAAGCACUUAUGGUGGCAACUCCUGAAUCAGAAACAGAGCCACUGAGUGAGUAUUCAAACUCUCGAAGAUCAUCAAGAAGUAAUUCUACGACUCCCAGUAUAAUGGAAGAAGAUGAACCAGAAUCUCAACAAUCAGAAGAUCAGUACAAUUACACAAAUAAUGAUCUUCAUAACUCCCACCGACAUCAUACUCAUAAAUCAUCAUCUGCUUCUACUUCAGCAGCAGACAAUCGAUCUUUCAUAGACGAUAAGACUGAACAAAUCAAACAAGAGAAUAUCUUUUCCAAUAAAAUCAAAUCUCCUACUGCAUCAUCCAAAUAUAUAAUCCCACCUCCACAACGGUUAUAUCCACUCAUUCGGAAUCCUCAAAAGAGAAAGAGAAAGACAUUAAUUUUAGAUCUUGAUGAAACUCUCAUCCAUUCCUUAUCGAGAGGUUCUCCGCGUUCAUUCAGUUCGACAAGCUCUUAUGCUCCUAAGAUGAUUGAAAUUAAAUUAAAUAAUAUGGCUACUUUGUAUUAUGUACAUAAGCGUCCAUAUUGUGAUUAUUUCCUUCAAGAGAUAUCGAAAUGGUUUGAAUUACAGAUCUUUACAGCCAGUGUCAAAGAAUAUGCUGAUCCAAUUAUUGAUUGGCUUGAAAGUGAUAUCAUAGAGCAUCAGAAUAAAACUAAAAACAAUAAUAAUAAUAAUAAUAAUAAUUCCAGUAACACUAAUAGUAACAACACCAAUAGCAAUAACAAAAUGAAACAACUUGAGAAAUCAGGAGAUGAUGAGCCUCCCAAAGUGUUUACUAAAAGAUAUUAUAGAAAUGACUGUACAUUCAGACCUGGAGUAGGAUAUAUUAAAGAUCUCUCCAAAUAUAUCCGAGAUGAGGAAUUGAAAAAUGUCAUCAUCUUGGAUAAUUCUCCCAUCAGUUAUGCUCUUCAUGAAGAUAAUGCAGUAAUGAUUGAAGGGUGGAUUAAUGACCAAAGUGAUCGGGAUCUUCUCAAUCUUUUACCUAUGCUUCACAGUCUCAGUCUUUGUAUCGAUGUGAGAUUCAUUCUUGGCUUACGAAAUGGUGAGAGAUCAUUUGAGAGAGAAAUCCGAAAAGCUUAGCCCACGACAAUUUAAUGAAACACCCCCGGUAUACAAAAAUAAAUAUAGUAAAAACAGUGCCAGUGCAAAACUACAGUGUCUGCAGUAUCUACUUUUAGACAGACAGACAUUUAUACAUUCUUAUUUAUAAUAGAAAAGUUCCAUAGUUUGAUUUAGUUAUAUACGUAUUCGUAGUUAAUGUAUUACUUACACUUUACUUAAU